AUGAGUGACAACAUUGAAACAGAGCUAAAGCCAGAAAUUGAAAGACAAAAAAAUCAGAUUGAUCAACUAACAUAUCAGGUGUCCAAUCUGGAAACCGAAAAUUAAGCACUCAUUACUAAGAAUUAAGAUUUAAAGGAUUAACUGGUUGUUCUAGACGAGGGUUUGGAAGAAUAGACUUUGGAUAUUAUGGGUGAAAUUUUAGAAAUGCAAAAGGAAUUGGUUGAUAUCACGUUUGGGUAUGCACAUAUAGUAAGUAAUUCAGUCGGUUAUGAGGUUCCAUAAGACUUGAAAAUUUUAAUUGGUGGUGAAUUCAACAAUUGGGAGAGAGUUCCAAUGAUUAGGAUUUCAGAGCGUCUCUUCAUUUAUAAAACUAAAGUAAUGGCAGGCUAUAAGUACAAAUUUAAUUUUCUCACAAGUGAGAGUACUGAUACUACACUUGAUUAUCGCCAACCAGUUGCUUACAGUAUAUUUAAUGAUGGAAAUCACUGCAAUUACAAAUAUGCUAUAAAAACUUCAAAUCCUAAUGGCCCUGAAUCUUCUUAUAAGGAAGUUAUUGAAAAAAUGCCAGAAUUUAUAAGACCCGAGACGAUGAACAAAUAUAAUAAGAAAUUAGAAGAACUAAACGAAUAGCUUAACCAAUUAUAGAGUACUUCACCUGACUUUAAUCAUGAAAAAGCCGAGUAACUAAACAUUCAAGAUGAAGAAAGUAAAAUAGAAUUGGUUCAAAAUGCACUUAGAAGAAAUAAAUAUCUUUUCUAAUUGAUUGGACCACUUAAUGAGAUAUAAAAUUAUGCAAUUGCUUCUCAAUAGAUGACAUUGAAAGACAAAACUAUUGAGUAGUUAAACUCUGUUCAAAAGGAGCGUGAAUCAAUUUUUCUCAUUAUCAGUGAAAUAUUUGCUGGUAGAUAUGUUAAAAACAAAGAUGCUAAUCCUAUUUACUACCUGAUUAUUGGAUUUAACAAAUUCACUAAUAAGGUGAUUAUAAUGAGGAUUUUUGAUUAGAAUGGGUUAUUGAUUUCAGAUUCAAAUGGCAACUAUAGUUUUGCCUUAUAAAUUGAUGAUACUAACUUCAUAUCAGAUUACUAAAUUCUUACUUAGAAAGAGCAAUCAGAUCUUAUCAAUGAUAUUUUUACCAACAACAACCAUAUUUUGGGGCUUAAAUAUGAAAUAGAUGAAACUUUGGGAUUCAAACAAUAUAUUCCACUUGAAACAAAUCCAGCUGGAAUUGACUUCUAGAAUGACUAUUAUAUGGAACUUAGUUCUGGCGGAUUUCCAACAACGGUAAAGAAUGUAAAUUUUGGAGCAGUCAAAACUUAGGCAAUGAGAGUAGGCUCUGAAUUCAAUUAUAUCAAUACGCCCAUGAUAUAUAUCUAUACCUCUGAAUACUCUUCUACUGCAAUCAACAUAUUCCAUAUUCACUUAACUGACCACAGUGAAAAGAAACAAGCAUUCUAAGCUCUCUAUAUUAGAGAUGAUUAAUCUGCAUCUGAUUUUGAAUCAUUCUAACAAGAUCAAAAUGGGCAAAUUCCAAGAUACAAAAUUCUUAUCCAAUAGCAGAAAAUUAUUGCUGUCUUAUACAAUGGUGAGAAAGGUGUUGAAAAUUUAAGUUUUAAUGAAGUAAAGUACUGUUUGGGGGAUCUAUGCCAGCUUGUUGCAGUUAGUCCAGUCUAAUUACUAGAGUAAACAGUAAAAUUUGAGUUGAAAAGAAUUCCUCUUGGCUUAAUCGUAAGCCUUAACUAGGAAAAUUAAGUCAUUUAAGACCAGCCAUUGUUCUAGAUUCAUACUUUUUGUCGCGCAAAUUCUCAUUUCGACGAAUGGCCAGGGUUGUUGGAAGUUACUACUAAAUCAGAGAAGAGCGAUGGCUUAAUCCUGAAAAAUGGAAGAGAUUUGGCAAUUCCAGCUUGUGCAUUCGCUGAUAAUGCUGCACUUCAAAGGGAAUACGACUAUUGGAACAGAUGA